CAGCGUCACAUCGGGAGAAGGUAGGUAAGAUAAGGGAAGGAGACGAUCCAGAGAUGGAGGCGAUGGCGGCCAUGGACUUCAGCACCCUCUCACGCCGCGAGCUACAGGCGCUGAGCAAGCUCAACGGCGUCCGCGCCAACAUGAGCAACGUCGCCAUGGCCGAGGCCCUGCAGUCCCUCCCCUCGGUGGCUGGGAUCGACGAGAUCGGCACCACGCUCUGCCUCCCGACCCCAGGCAAAUCGGCGAUGAAGUCGGUUCUGAGGGCUUCGGCGGCGGUCGGGGAGGACCAGCAGCAAGGGAGCCCGCUCCCACGCGGCCGCCGCGUGUCGGUCAAGUCGCCGGAGGCCAUCCGGAUGGACGUCGAGGGAGGCGACGACGAGGUGAAGCGAGAUCUCAUCAAGGAGAUAGUGAGGACCCCCGGCGUGGCGCUGCGCAGCACCAGCCGCCGCGCGCGUGCCACUCCCGCGCCCAUCCCGACUCCGGCGGCUGAUACCCUUCGGAGGAGCCAAAGGUCGGCGGCUCGGAAGGCAGCGGCGCCGCUGGAGGUCGAGGUGUCGACUACAAAGAGAUCAACUAGGAAGACUGCGAGAUCGAAGGUGAUGAUUGAUUUGGAUCAGGAUGAGGAGGUUGUGGCGGCACCGGAAGAGGAGAAGGUGCAGGAAGAAGAGCUGAAAGAGGUUGCCUCUGACGAGAAAUGUGAUGACCCCAAGUACGAGGAAGUUACAAAGCCUCUGGAAGAAGGAAACUGCAAGGAGGUUGAACCAGAGCAGGGUCAGGAAGUUAAUUCUUCUGUUGUGCCGAUGGGAUCUACGUUGCCACGGGAAGGUGUGAUGGAGGAGGAUGCUGCCAAUCCCCAGGAAGACGCUGCAGUUGAGGUGGAACAGGAGCUUUUCAGUUCUGAGAAGUGUACUCCCUUGCCAGCAAUGGGGGAUUCACCAAUCCUUGGCGUCCUUUCCAAGGCGGCACCUGAACCAGCCAUCAAGAACGUUGAAGAUGCAUCAACUGAAGAUGCUGAAGGCUCUGGCAAUUGGUCACCAGUGAUGGAGAUAACUGACGAGAUAAAUCGUGCCAGUGAAGAGAAAGAAGUGGCCGCCCUUGAAGCCGUGAAGGAAGAUGAUUUCAUUUCCACUGGUGACGCUGCUGAAGCACCUACCAAGGCGAUCCCAGCUUCUGUGGCAGACUAUGAGACCAGAGAGGGAGAUUACAUCAGUGAGGAGAAGAAAAUCACUGCUGAAAAGUUACCGAAGGCUGACCUGGCAGAAGAUGAACUCGAUGGAGAGAGCAGUGAGGAGGAUGAACUUGAUGAGGAGGACCUCAUAGUCGAUGCAGAUAGUGAUGAGACCAUUGAGGAGAGCGACUCCACUGACGUUUGCUAUGAUUCCGAUGAAGAAGAAGAGGAGGUGAUCAAGCUCAGUCCUAAGAUUCUGGAGGCAGAGGCCAAGGAUGAUGAUUUCAGCUCCGAUCUGUCAGCAGAGUUUGACAAUGUCAAUGUCGAAGAUUCCAGUGAAGCUAAAACUGAAAGUGAUGACUCUCAUGUGGCAAUGCUGCCCUCUUCUGCAGUCAAUGUUGUUGUGAAGACCCUGGAUGACUAUGCCAUCACUGAAGAGCUAGAAGGAUCAAGCGAGGGCGACAAUGUUUCUGAGCACGUUGAGACCAUCGCCAAGUCCCUCAAUAAGGUCACCAUCACUGAGGACAAGAAAGAGCGCGAAAAGGAGGAGAAGCAACUGAUAUUUGGGAACGAAAUGAGCCUAAGGAAGCUUAAGACCGCCUACAAGAAGAGGCUUAUUGCUGCCAAGGAAGGGGAGAAGGUAAUCACAUCCGCUGAAGGAACAAGGAUCGCGCUUGCAGAGCUUGACGACAAUGCCGGCGUCGAUUGCUGAGCGCCAAGGAAUCAUCAUGCAUCUGCUGGGACUGAAUAAAGGAGAGGGAGCUCUAGUUGUGAAGUGAUAACUAGGCUUUUGCCUUCAUUUCCAAAUGAUGUGGUGGAUUGAACUCAAGUUUUCGUGUGUGUGUGUGGUAGAAAGCGUCAGGUUGUGAAACCGUGGUUUCUCUGAACCAGCCUGCAGUUCGUGUCAGUUCUCUUCCACAUUUUUGUUUCUUUUUCGUGUCAAUUCGCUUUUGUUGUGUCGAAUGGUAUGUGAACGGAUAUGGAUGAGGCUUUGCCUUGUUAAUCAUAUAUAUAUUGGUUAUAGCAAUUCCUACUACUUA